GAAGUAGAAACCGGGUAUUCUCUCGAAGUAGCAGGAAGUUCCGCAGCCAGCAGUGUUGUAGUACCCCGUGGCAUUUCCCAGCAUGGAGGUGAUGUUCAUUUCUGCUGGGACAAUAACGACCUCAACGAGGAAACUCUGAGUGGCCAAGGGACGACACACUGCACCAACGGCAUUGUGCUCCAGCACUCGCUGCCCUUCCAGGACGAUCCGUGUCCACCAGAAAGUACGAGCCGUGCCGAGUCAGGUAACCAACGCCGACCGCGAAGUGUUGCCCCACCUGCAGUUCCGAGCCUAGAAUACAACUGCGGUGCGAGACCAAGACCUCCUCCAAUGGCCCAUCCAGUUCCUGAUGCACAAGGCUCGAUUGACCCAUUUCUCACUGUGGCAUCGAUUGACCUGAUUUGGUUCUUGUUGCGCGCAGACCAGACGGUAUCACCGAAGUUUGGUAGACCUGAUGUCGAGUCACAACUGGUACCCGCAUGGUCCGGCUUCAAUGCUGAACUGAACCAGUCAACCGCGCCAGGGACACCAACAACAGUCGGUUACCUGCCGAUCAUCCCAGCAUCGCCUACAGCCAUGAGCACAGUUUAUGAGCUUGUUUUUCCGGUCCCUCCGCACAUCGAAGAAGCUGAAUCAGCCACAUUGUAUCAUCACCGCCGACCAAGCAGUUUAUGCCAAAGCUGUGGAAGUUUGCUGGAAAAAUGCUGAGCUGAAGGAUGUAGUCCUCCGCAUGGGUGCAUUCCAUACGUCGUGUGCCUUCCUUGCUGUUCUUGGGAAGAGGUUUGGCAGUGCUGGCUUGGAAGACCUCCUCGUCGAGUCAGGCGUAGUUGGCAGCAAUGCGUGCAAGCAGGUGAUGGCCGGCUAGCAUUACAACCGCGGUGUUCGCCUCCAUAAGCUUGCCUUUGAGUGUCUGCUGGGAGUGAACUGGAAGCUGUACGAGGACAGCAUUGAAGGUGAGGGGACAGAAACAUAGGAGUUGUGCUGCAAACUUUCUUUAUUGCAUUCCAUCUGUGCACACUAGACGAAGUGAAGUAGUUUGAGAAAUGGUGCCUGUUGUUCUCACUCCAGUGGUCUGCAUGUAGCACUUUGUGUUCUAAUUUUCUGACCUAUGUACAUGUGCGUGUGUGUUCAUGUAUUGAAGGUGGAGGAGACACGGUGUCAAGCGAUCUUGAAGGAACUUUGUCAGCAUUGCGCACAUCUGGUAUAUUUGAUGGUGCUGAGUCAGUAACCAGUUCAUCCAGCUACCAGAAACUUGAGCAAGGGUACCGAAAGCAUGUUCAGCUGCAACGCACCAGCCCAGCAUCACCCAUGGCCCAGUUUUGGCUAACAUACCUCGACAUGGUUGGCCUGCUGCUUCAAUUCAUCCGAGCUACGCGGACAGGGAACUGGUCGCUACAUCUGGCAUGCAUAGAGAACAUGUUGCCAUGGUUCUUUGCAUACGAUCGACAGAACUACUCCAGGUACCUGUCGCUGUAUUGGCAACAAAUGCGUCAACUGCCUGCUACCAACCCUCCUGCCCACAAAGCCCUAUCAGGAGGUUGCUUCUCUGUUGCAAGGUCUACGAACAGCUUCUCGAAGGUGGCUGUUGAUCAGUGCAUUGAACAGACCAUCAACCGGCAAAGCAAGUCACAUGGAGGACUCAUUGGCUUCAGCCGCAACCCAGGAACUGUUCACCGCUGGGUGCUCACAGCUCACGAGCGAGCGGCUGUUGCAAGUGCAUGUAACGACCUCGUCAAAGCGGAGGACUAUGAUGGCACAGCACGUCCACACAAGGACAACACAGACAGCAGAAUGAAACGGGAUCAAAGCGACUAUGGGAAGCUCGAAAAGCGGUUGGCAGAGUUCAGCCAUCCGUUCCUUGGUGAAGAUUUGAUCAGCCUCUCCAGUGGGAAAGUCUGUUCUGCUCAAGCAACCUCCGAUCUCCUAUCCAGUCACACGCAGGGAAAGAGUGCAAUGAGCAAGUUCGUGGCAGACCGCUUGGAGAGUCAGGCAGUUGAUUUCUUCACACCGAUAUCACGGCUGAACCUGAAGACGUUCUCGGAAACCAAAUCUGCAGCAAAGAAGUCUUCCAAGACAACAGCGAUCGUGGCAGAUAGGAGCUUAUUCGGCCGGCUACUAGUUAUGGCUCAAUCAAGGUCAUUCGACUUGAAGGAACUCUUCCAGCAUGAGCUUGGACCAGUCCCAUGGGCCCUGGCCAACGCAGACGGAUCCCUUGUGAAGACUCCAAAGAGUAAGCUGCUGCUUGCUCUUGAGAAGAAAGUUGACCCACUGGAGUCAGUUCCGUGUGGUCCUGCCGUUAUGGUCGACGCGAUGGCAUUACUGCAGAGCUACACAUCUGUGCCACCGACAUUCGGACAGCUCAGCGAACAAGUCUUCAAGCAGCUAGUCUCCUACCUUCCAGCUACACCUCCAGCACGAGUUGACUUCAUAGCAGAUCAAUACCACACUGCGUCGAUUAAGUCGUGCGAGCGCUCAAAGCGAACGGCCUCAACUGAGCCCCUGCGAGUGGCAGUACAACGUCCAGACCAGGCUAUUCCUACUCAGUGGAAGCGGUUCAUGGCAAGCAGAGCGAAUAAGGCCGGCCUAAUCCAGUUCUUCGCUGACCAUUGGAGUUCUACACCGGAGCUCAAGGCAACAUUGGGUGUCAGUCGCAGUGUAUUCAUAACCUUGGGACAGCAGUGCUACGUGUUGCAAGAAGAAGAAGGGAAAUCGACACUUUCACGGCACCAGGCAGUGUCCAGGUUGACCAGCAAUCAUGAGGAAGCAGACACCCGGCUGAUCCUUCAUGCCGCUGAUGCUGUGCAGCAAGGAUUCCCAGAUGUUGUCAUUCGGUCGCCAGACACGGAUGUAGCCGUGAUUGCCAUUGGCUCCGCUAGCAGCAUUCCUGGUCGGCUCAUAUUCCAGACUGGCACGCAGCAACGGAGGCGGUUCAUCGACCUUACCCAGCUGUCACAGAAGCUGGGCCCCCUGGUUUCGUCUGCAAUUGUUGGACUGCAUGCUCUUACUGGGUGUGACAGUGUCAGUUCCUUUUCUGGGAAGGGAAAGACUGCUCCGCUGAAGCUGCUCCUGUCAAGCACGCGAAUGGCAGAGGCACUGGCGACACUGGGUGUCAAUGCUACAUCGGAUGACCAGCUGCUUUCUGAAUGUGAGUGGUUUGCGUGUGCCUUGUAUGGCAAUCCUGGCCAGCAAGACAUCAACAGCCUGCGCUACCAAAAGUUCUGUGCGGCCACAUCCUGUGCUCCGCACAAACUACCGCCCUCACGCGACGCUCUCCAUCAACAUGUGGCCAGGGCUAACUACCAGGCCCACAUUUGGCGGAGCGCCACCACUGCGAUGCCAGAAGUACCGAGUCGCAGUGGCGUGCACCGAGUCUUGAAAGGGGGGUUUCUAGAGUUGAACGACAGCUCCGGUGCCGCAGAUGUGGGAACAACUGCAUGUGAAGGCGACCAAAACAGUGAGAGCGAGGAAAGUACUGGUGCUUACGACUUUGAAGAGUCUGACUCCAGCUCAGAUUCUGAUGAGGAUCCAGAUCAGGAGUUUGACGACUCGCUGUAG